AUGGGCGAGGCUGAGCAGGCCGCGGUCCUCCCGGCGCCCACACACGAUGACAACGGCAAUCGCGACGGCGCGGGCGCAGCACGCGCGGCACGUGCCACACCGCCGUCGCCGCGCAGCACGCUUAGUUACGAGGCCAUAUCGCCCUCAUGCAGCUGGCAAGACGGUCUCAAUGAGGCUGCUGCUCCUGGGGCCAGCAGCGCUGUCGAUACAAGCCACCUGCUCGCCCGCUUCUUCAGCCCGUCCGGCGCAGCCGUCCCGCCCUCGACAGACGCAGCGAGCAGUGAUGCAGCCGUCUUUCUGGGGCCGCCAUCCGCUACAUCCGUGCAUGAGGCCCAGGGCGAGGGCUCUGAGCUGAACUUGCAGCUGGCCCUGGCGCCGGCCGCGUCCGGCGAGCCAGGGCACAGCUGUGUGCGGGUGGUCAUGUCUAAGGACGAUGACAGUGCACAACCGGCGGGCGGUGAUGUUACCAUGGCAGACGCUUACGCUGGGGCAGAGCAGGAGGGGCGCAUCAGCGAGGCGCUCGUCGGGGGCUUACCGGACACCCUGUGCCGCGCCCCCGCGUCACCCGGCAUCAGCAGCAGCAGCGCCGACGACUCCUCGAGCUCUGCGGGGAGCGACUACAGCGCGCCGCUCCCCGCGUCGCGUAGGGGUCUGGGCCCGAGCCCCCACCUGCGCGUGCUCAACUGGCUCGUCCCAGGCCUGCUCUUCCUCGUCAUCGGCCACAUCGCAUCCCACGUGUCCAGCGACGGCGCCGCCGGCGCCGCGGACUGGAGCGGCUCGCGCCCCGGCAGCCCCGUGUUUGGCACGCUGCACAGCGGGCCGCCCAUCGUUGUCGGCGCGUGUGGUGCGCAGGGAGCCGAGGCCGUGCAGCUGGUGUUUGCGAAUUACGCCGGCUGCGCGGCCCCGCGUGGUGGUGGCUGCUGCUCCGGCGACUGGAGCACUGGCAGCAGCUGGAGCGACGGCUACAGCUCGUGA